AUGGAACAAGAAGAACGGUCGUUCGAUGCUACGGAGACAUCUAGCAAUACUGUGGACAACGAUUCUCCAUCCUCCGACUUGGGUCUCUUGAUCGAUUCAACCGAAGGAUAUGAGGCAAGCGAAAAGAAAUUCGAUAUUGUAGCAAUCCAUGGCCUCGGUGGCCAGGUCAAGCCAUGGAGUUCAAGCAAGACGAACACCUGGAUUCAGGAUUUGGCAGCCCACAUGAACUGGGAAGUUCGCAUUAUCCGGUAUGCCUAUGAUGCCACAAAAUUAGCAGGAGCUACAUAUCCCGAGGAGGCGAUUUCCUCUGAGGCCUUUACGCUUCUUCAAAAGCUCAGUGAGCUGAGGAGAGGCCAGCAACCUGUUAGUGCACUUGAUGAAUUCUAUAUUCGAACGAUAACCAACUGA